CGAUCGAUCGAUCGAUCGGCGCAAGUGAGACGCUGUAAAUAUUUGUCUUUCUUGGUUUUCUAGAGUUAGGGCUCUUGAGGGGUAUCAAAGAAUAUUCUCCGGGCGAGCGACUUAGGGUUCUUGAGGGUAUCAAGGAAUAUUUCCCGUUUUUCUAUAGGGCAUGUAAUGAAGGGAAAUUUGUCUGGCGAGAGAUAUUUUCACUCUCCUGGUUCUUAGGUAUGGCGGCAGUGAGAGAUUGCUAGGGUUUUAGGGGAAAGACGAUUCUCCAGGUGAGAGGGGAGGUCUCUUGGCGAUUGACGAGAAAAGCAUGCCUGUAUGAGCGCGGAGAGCUGGAAAUCCUUUUCGCCGCGGGCGAUGUCCACUUCCACAAACCUGCUGGUGCUUGUGGGAAUUGGCAUUGCCGGAUUGCUCAUCUUCUCCCGGCGCCAGCGAAAGGGCGUCCGCGCCGGCAACGGGGCAUUCAUCCAGUACCUGGAGCUCAAUCCGCCGCCAGCCCCGCCGCCUCCCAGAGCUCCGCCGCCGCUCGCCGGGCUCACUUUCGCCGUCAAGGACAUUUUUGAUAUCGAGGGGUUUAUCACGGGUUUUGGAAACCCCGACUGGCUCAAGACCCAUGGACCCGCGACACAAACCGCUUUCGUUGUUCAGCUCCUUGUUCGUGCUGGAGCGGCGUGCAUUGGAAAGACGCAUAUGGAUGAGCUAGCUUACAGUAUCAAUGGCGAGAACAAGCAUUAUGGAACACCUAUCAAUCCUGCAUCACCGAACAGAGUCCCGGGUGGGUCUUCUAGCGGUUCUGCUGUGGCCGUGGCUGCUGGCCUAGUUGAUUUUGCUCUAGGAACUGAUACUGGCGGAAGUGUGAGAGUUCCUGCUGCCUUCUGUGGCAUCAUCGGGUUCCGACCUUCGCAUGGAACGAUCUCGACGUCUGGAGUUAUUCCGAUGGCUCAGAGCUUUGAUACCGUUGGAUGGUUUGCAAAGGAGCCGAAUGUUCUUCGACAAGUUGGCUACGCUUUGCUGCAGCAACCAUUCAUGGAACCCAGACAGCCACAAAGGGUGAUCAUGGCAGAUGACUGCUUUAGCCUCAGCUCUGCUCCUCCGGAGCGAACCAAGGCGGUCGUUGCCCGAUGCUUUGAACGGGUGCUUGGUAAAAAAACAAUGUCUAACAUGGAUAUUGGCCCAUAUCUCCUAAGCAAGUCACCCAGCCUGCAGGCCUUUUGCGAUGAAACAGCGUCUUCUCCACUUGUAGGAUUAUCGAAAGCUCUCAGUUUGAUACAGAGGUUUGAAUUCAAGACAAAUCAUGAAGCUUGGCUGAGCGGAGUGAACCCAGAUCUGGGACCUGGUAUUCUCGAAAGAGUAAGAGCCGCAUUGAAGACCACUGCAGAGGAAAUUGUUCUUGCUAUGAGUGUGAAGGCUGAAGUGUUCGCUGCAAUGAGCGAGCUUAUGAAGGACGAUGUUCUACUUGUGCUUCCCACAACUCCUGGUCCACCACCAAAGCUAAACACGAAGGGAAAAGCGCUGGAUGACUAUCGUGAAAAAGCAUUUGCGUUGCUUGCGAUUGCUGGGAUGUCCGGCUGCUGUCAGGUGUCGAUGCCCGUAGGGACUUUUGACGAUGCGCCUCUUGCAUUCUCGGUAAUGGCAAGACAAGGUGGUGAUCGCUUUUUACUUGAUGCGGUCCUUGCACUGCAUGUCAUGGUGAAAGAGGACCUCAAAAACAGUGCGCUGCCGCUAGUUAACGCGAAAACAAACGCCGCGGAAGCCGCGAAAGAGAAGGGAAAUCUCGCUUUCAAGAACAAGGACUACCACAAGGCUGUCAGCCAUUACUCGGAAGCUAUUCGCUUAGAUCCUUUGAACAGCACGUACUACAACAACAGGGCUGUUGCUCAUCUCUCGAUGUGCAGCUUCCUACAAGUUGAGGAGGAUUGCAGCAAGGCCAUUGAUCUGGACAAGAAGAAUGUUAAAGCGUAUCUUAGAAGAGGCACUGCAAGGGAAGCUCUGGGCUCUUACCACGAAGCGCACGACGAUUUUCGGCAAGCUCUCGUCUUGGAGCCUACAAACAGGACGGCCCUCGAUGCAGUGAAGCGAUUAAAGAAGGUUUUGUUUGACUAGGUUGAGAGAAACACUUGAAGGAACAGAGAGCGUGAGAGUUCGCGGGAUUUUAAAGUUUGGCGGAUUGUUCGUGGAA